CGGGCGCGAAUUUUGCCCAGUUUAUAAUUGUCAAGCUACCUUUAGCCGUGUUUCAAAUACUCCACUGUUUGUUUUUCUGAAAAAUAACACCUUAAACUGACGUUUUAUUCAAAUUAACAUGUGAUAGUGCCGCCUUGAAGCUAUGGUCUUGGAAAUAACUGCCUGGAAGCUGUGAGCGAAGUUUGAAGAAAAUGGCGGCACAACAUAAACGAUCAUGGAAGCUUCGUAAGUAGACGUUAUUACCGGUGUAAAUUUCCACAGUUGGUCUACACUGUUAUACGGUCCCAUGUAGCAGCCUGCAUUAUUUAACACAGUUGUACAUCUAGUGUAUAAAUUCAUUAAGCAAACUUAACUGAGAUAAAUAAGUGUGGGCGCUGAAAUCAUGUCGCGACCAUGUGUCCCCUAAAUUAUCCACUGUGUGGGAGACAUAGACAGCUUGUAAGCUUAGAUUAAGAAAAUAAACUUAGAAGAACUUGAUAGUUAUCAGGGUAGAUAGGUUAUCAUCCCUAGUAUUUUUAAAACUAUGAUGUGGUACUAUUUUGUGAGCUUACGGUUAACUUUGACUUACAACCGGCUAUCUUUCCUACCUUAAUGAAUUUUAACGUAGUUAUGGUUCUAAAGACUAGAAACAUUAAUAUGCCUGCGAGAUAUUGUUUUUUGCCUAAAUGGAUUAUUUAACGCCUUGUUUGCUUGGUGAUAUCUGUCUUAAUUAGCAACCGGAAACAAUUCUCAAGACGUAGAAAAUAGACGUGAAAAUGAGGUUGUAGUGAGGUUAAAUAUAAAAAUUUGAAAUGCUAAAACAAGCUUUGACGGCAGGCUAGAUACGUAGCAAGUAUUAAACCUUAGGGCAGAUUGUUAAAAAGAGACUUAAAACAAUUAUUUUGUUAUUUCACUGACUUCAUGAUAUGUUACAAGUUUCAUUCAUGUGUUACUUUGUAAAUACCCUCACAAUAUGCAUGUACAAAACAUGCCAUGCAUGGCGUAUUAUUAAGUGAAUCAGUGAAACUGUCAUUAAUAAUUUAAUUUUUGUGGGAUUAAAAAUGAAUUCUUGGAGUUUGUCAUAACGUUAUUGUGGUAGUUUUAAUUGUUUCUCAAAACAAAUUACUAAAAAAUUUGUUCAAAAUUAUGUUGAAAAUAUGUGCAUAUUUUACACUGAUAAACCUUCACAAAUGUGUCAGAUGUAAGCUGUUUUAUACAAUGUUCUCUUGUACUGGUACUUAUACAACCUCGUCCCCAGGGCUUUUCUCUUAAAAAAUGGGUGGGGCGGGAAAAGGCCCUGGCAUCGGCUGGUCACGUGUCCCCUCGUACACCCUAAAAUCCUGGGUGUAAUAAAUUAGCGCUAUGUGAAAAGCUAAAAUUAUGCGUAACCUCACAGCACGCGAUCUUGGGCGGCCUUUCAUAUCUCUUGACGAUUAACGAAAAGUUUUACAAGGUUUCCUUUUUGUCACAGAUACUGGCUAUGGUAAUUUUUUGCUUUCCUCCGAUUUCUAUGAAGUGGACAGCGAGCGGUAACAUUUGUAAAACUUCCUUUACAGAGCGAUAUAAAUGACAAACAAGCUAUCGUACAUGCAUAAAGUUUGUACUGGAAAAGUUCGUUUUUGCGACUCUUUUGAUAUUUUAUUUUAUUUCUUGCGAAGUGGACCGCCGUAUACAACCUAGUUCCAUUCACCUUAACUCUCAGCCAUAUCAUCAUAGCGAUACGCGUUGGUUUAGACUUAUCUUGUAUGACCUGUAUUUUGAAAAAAUUCAUUGACCUCUGCGAGACUUGACCGAAACCGGAAACCGCGCAUGAAAAGUCUCUGGCACCCAGGGUAUCAAACGACUGGUAACAAAGAAAGACUUGCGUCCAUUUUAAAUUGUAGUUGAUUCCAAUCGAUCGGUCAAUCUUCCCUUUAAUAUAAGGAAAAUCCUUUGUACCUAUCCUCGGAAGAGAAAAGAUAUAAGAGAUCUUCAAAUGUUUCAGAUCGGCGACCUGUCAUCGUUCCUGGCUGGAGGGCUGACUUGCAUCCGGUGCGGAGAUUUGUUUGUUUCAUGGUUGGGUUGUAGAGAAGACCAGACUCCAUAAAGCAUUUCGAUGAACAAUUCUAUUUUAAUUAAGUUCAAUUUGUUUAAAUUCACUGCAGAUCCUAGAGGCAAAGGCCCGCAUUUUUGUUUGACAUUGGACAAAAUCACUUUCCGCUUGAUGAUCGUACAGUAAUUCCACAGUCACGAUGAAUUUCAGUCAAAGUACUACUCGAUAACAGCUUGUCUCAACUCUGCAGCAUUUGACAUAUUUUGUACGUGACAAUGUAGAGCCGGUACGCCCUUUCAUAAACUUGUAGCAUUUGAAUAAUACGCAAUUAAAUGGAUCUUAAGCUUUUGAAUCGCACAGACGCGAAAAUAUUGACAUACAGUUCGCGAUAUUAUUAUUUUCCAUUGUUGCUCCGUUCGACUUCUGUCAGCGCAAAACCAGCGGGUUGCAUAUAAAUUAGCUUCUCAGGAAUAUUUAAACUGUGCACGUGACCAGCCGAUGCCAGGGCCUUUUCCCGCCCCACCCAUUUUUUAAGGGAAAAGCCCUGGGGACGAGGUUGGUACUUAUAAUCACCUUAUAAAUGUAUCAUUCAAAUCAAAACUAACUACAAUAUCCUCCUUACCCCCCCCCUUCCUGGCAUUUAGGGUGGUAUUAGUGUUCAAAUUCCUCACUCCUUGCACCAAAAAGCCAUUCAAAUGCCCUACCCAUCCUUGGUCCAAUUUUAAGGUGAUUAAAUGCCACACCCUGUGAAAGACCAGGAAAAAUGGGAGAAUAAUAUUGAAAAAUCUAAAAAUUUGCAGUGUUACUUUAGCCUGAGUGCUUAAUUAGUUGACAAGGCUGUUCUCUGAGUAAAAUUGAAGGGAGCCCAGAGCUCUGAACCUGUAAAACUAGGGUGCCUGGCAUAUGAUUCCUGUGAAAAAGAAAACAGAGGUUUUCUGGUCGCCUAGAACAGGUUGUUCAAAGCUAUGCUAAUUAUUGAUUCAUAUACUUUUUUACUUUAUAUUUUGUUGUACACAGAGGAGUUCGUGGCGCAUGGAUCCAAUGUGUCUUGUCUAUCACUGGGUCCCUCGUCAGGACGAGUAAUGGUGACCGGUGGAGAGGACAGGAAAGUCAAUAUGUGGGCUGUAGGAAAACCCAAUGUGAUCUUGGUAAAACACUUUCUUCUGCUAUCAGUACUGCACUCUUGUCAUAUAAAAUUAAGAUUAUCAAAGAUGUAUUUUUUGGUUUGCCAUUCUAAAAACCAUUGUGUGAGACAGAAUAUGGCUGCGCCUUUGGCCAGCUAUACACCUAGUUGGAAAUAUUCAUUAAGUGAAAAGUGGUUUUGGUGAAGAACAUUUUAAAAACUAUUUUUUAAGUAUCGGUAUAUGUCAGUGCAAUUUAGUAAGCACUAGUAACUGCACAUUUAGUAGCAACUCACUAGUACCAACAUAUUUAAUAUUAUUGUCACUGGCCAUUAUUGCAGACCCUGUCAGGACACACUAGUCCUGUGGAAUAUGUUAAGUUUAAUAGUGGCGAGGAUCUGGUUAUAGCAGGAUCUCAGUCUGGAACACUCAAGAUAUGGGACCUAGAAGCUGCUAAAAGUAAGUUUAGAUCUUGUUAGAGAGCUACCUGUCCAGUCUGCAUGUCACACAUGCCUAUAAAUAUGUUGGCAGGACUUUGCUCUGGCUUUUAUUUAGCUUGUGAGCAAGCUCUCUGGGCACUCUGGCAGCAGGGCGGAAAAAGGAAGGGAGCUUGCAACUACGUCUCUGGAAUUUGAAUAUCUGCAUUGAAAAAGUCCAUGCAAAAUGCUGAUUUGUGGAGAUGACAUCAGCAAUGACGUCAUUAUGUUUGUUACAUGUUUUUCAAUGUUUGCUUACAUUCUUGCCCAUUUCCGCUUUGCGCUGACUGGCGGAAAUCUGACAGCUCAGUCGAUGGAGAGCCACAGGGGAAUUUGAAGUGAAAUUAAAAUUCCAGAGACAUAGUUACAAGCUCUCCUUCCUUCCCCACCCCGCCGCAAGAGCACCUUGGAGAGCUUGCUCGCAUGCGAGCUUUUAUUGAUGGUAGACCACAUGCUACCAAAUUUACAUGGUAGACGUUGCUGGACUUUUAAAUCAUUUCCGUUACAUUAGGCUUAGGAAACCCCUCGUUCAAACCCCUUCCUCCUCUUUGAUUCUUCCCAGAGCAAACAGCCUACAUAUACAUGUACCCUAUUGGGUACAUGUGCAUAUAUUCCAGGCUACUGUGAAGGAUUGUCAAAAUGAUAAUGAAGGAGAUGGAUGAUUAAAAAUGGUAAAAUAGUAUCAAUCACUUAGGGUCCAGACAUAGAAUACAUGAAUGAUUUUGUUAUGCAAAACAAAAUACAAAGAACGAAUUGGUUUCUACUUCCCCCCACAUUAUAUCAGUAUGGAACAAUCAUAUUAUGUAUUGUCAUGUAAAGCAGCAUGAUACAAUUGUUAUUUUUCAGUCUAUCAACUGUUGGUUUUGUCGCUGAGUGAUGUAAUCAUUUUCAUUGAUUGUUUUGGUAUUUAAGGUGUUGUAAUCACUAGGUAAUGUUGUUUACUGAAAAGUUCCUCUAAAAGUUGCAGAGUUUAAGUGUUUUAUUGCACUUUGUAGCAGCUCUUUAAUACAGGACUCUUGUUUCAGUCGUUAGAACCCUUACAGGACACAAGAGCAGUAUACGAGGUAUAGAUUUUCACCCCUAUGGAGAAUUUGUCGCUUCAGGCUCUUUGGAUACAAAUGUUAAGGUUAGCUGAAUGACUGUCAGUUGGUAUAAAUAAUAAAUAAAUAAAUUUAAUGCAAAAACGUGCACAUGUACAUGUACAAUUUUGUUCAAUUUACGAUGAUCAUAAUAUUAACUGGCAAUGGGCAAUUUUGCACAUUCAUUUUAAUUUUUUAAAGAGUAUUCAUAUCCAAUAAUGUUUGGGUUCAAUAAGAAUUUUUUUAUCCUUAGCCAAGAUUUGAAUUUUUUUGUACACUGUAAGUGGUAUUAUUAAUUUGUAACAAAGGAAAGAUUAAUUAUUAAAGCAAGAAAUUAAAGACUUAAAGUGAAAGGUUAGACUUAAUUGAACCAAAACAUAUACACAAGAUAACUGAUUUCAAAUUGCAUCUUUUCAGCUGUAAGUGUUAUUGUGCAGCCUGUAGCCAAUAGCAAUUCCUGAUGUGUGUAUGCUUUCUUCAGCUCUUUUAGCCUUUCUGGUAUAAAUUAAAUUACAUCCCCUUUGAUGAAAUUGACAAUAAAUUUAUACUUCUUUCCUUUGUAGCUUUGGGAUGUAAGAAGAAAAGGUUGUAUAGUUACGUUAAAGGUACUACUUGAAACCAAGCAAGUCAUUAAAUUUAUUGAGUGUUACUUACUGAAAGGUUUAAGUAGUAUUGAACUUAAACUUCUAGGGCCAUGGGUUGGGAAUAUCCCCUGGCUACUUUAGGCAUGAUCCCUGGCUACUUUCAAAGGAAGCAAAGAAAAAAUGAGAGAGCUGUCCAAUUCCAUGACUACUAAUUGUGUAAUAACCCAAAAAGUUGAAAUCUUAGUGACAGCCUGUCUGUGGUUUAAAAUGAUUAAAAAUUUAGUACCCUCGUGGCCUACUUAUUUGCAUUGUCAGGGCUCAAAAUAAUGGCCAGUCAACGGACGAUGCCUGGUUUAGAUGACCAUUUCAGUUGCAAUUCAUUUUGACCGGUCAAGUGUAUGGCUUUCAAAUAAAGAACUGAAAAAAUAAAUUAUAUUCAUUCACAUUAAUUAUGUAAAUUGCAAACACAGUUUAAAUCAUAAAAUAUUUUAAAUAGCUACUUGCAGUUAUAAAUUCGGAGAAUACAGAUAAGACAGUCUCAUUCUGGGGCUUUGUGAAUGCUAAUCAGCGGUUUGCUAGUUUUCAACAUUUUGACAGGUCAGAAAUGAGCCAUGACUGAGCUAAACUUGUUUGGCCAGUCAAUAUGACUGGCCAAUUUGCAAAGAUUAUUCUGAGCCCUGAUUGUGCUCCUGUGUGGUUAAAUCUGUUAAGUGCAAUCUGGUCUGAAGAGCUACAUUGUACAUGAUUUAUGCUAAUUUCAUUACCUUUUUCUCUUUUAGGGUCACACAGAUGGUAUAAAUUUUGUAAAAUUUAGCCCAGAUGGCAGGUGGAUAGUUUCUGCUUCAGAUGACAACACUGUUAAGGUGAUGGUUCCUUAUAAACGCAUUCAGUUAUUUUCCUAGGCAUCUCUUUCUCCAGUACAAUGUGUUAUCUCCAGGGUAUUUUGUCAAGGGUACAACAAAGGUGCUGUCCAAUUUCCCCAAGCCAGUAGAAUGACCUGUCAGACUAGCAUGUUUUAAAUUAUGUUUUGUCUAAUGAGCAAGGUUUUAAAAGUUUGGCAUUUAGGACAUAAACUUUAGCAAUAAAUGUUUUCAGUUUUUUUGGUAGGCAACUUUACAACUGCAGGGGCUUGGCUAUUAAACUUCAGGAAUUUUAAAAUUUUAAUUUUGGGAUCCCCUGUUUUUGUAUAAACAAUUUGUGGGUAGACACACAAUAAACAAAUUAAUUUAUUAUAAUUUAAUUUGAUUGAUUUAUUAUACUCCCUCAGAAAAAGGUUUUUUAGUAUUCAUCAUUUCCAUAACAACUAGAAAGUGAUGUUUGCUGGCCAUAGUAGAUUCCAGGGAAAGCUGUGGCACCAACUAACCAUGCAGAUUAGGAUAGAAACAUUUUGUUAUUUUUUUGGAUUCUGCCACCUGGAGUAGGAAACUGGGAGAAGCCUAUCUUGCCAAAAUACUCAAUGGAGUUUUCUUUUUUUAUCUCUCUUCAUAGUUAUGGGAUUUAACAAGUGGAAAGCUACUUCAUGACUUCAAACAGCACACAGCGGCCGCUACAUGUGUAGAAUUUCAUCCUAAAGAAUUUUUGCUAUCAACUGCUAGUAAUGACAGGUUUGUGUUUAAGAUUUUUUUUGCUGGUGACAGUCUAUUUUAUCUUCUUAAUGUCCUUCAAUUCUUAAACGAUAGCCACAACAGAGGUGAUAAGUGCCCCAUAACUCAGCUCAGGUCAGAAGAAAGGGCAAGUGAUAGCUAAGAUAUUCAUUACCGUGGCUCUUAAAAGCCUGAACCCAAUCAUUGUAUCUCCAAUGGUGGUUAUAGUCGAGCCAUUUCUUGAAAACAAAGAGAAGAUCAUGGUAAAAAGUGAAAGGUUAUUUUUUUCUAUCAAACUAAAAGGUUAUAUGCAAAAUUGUAGCUAAAUUGGACCUAUGCUAUCUAUAGGUGAUAAAUGUCUUUACAUGUUGCUUAUGUUUAAUAUUCAUACUUUUCUGUCAAUUUUUAACUUGUGAAUGCUCUGAGCAUUAUGGGCAAGUUUUAGCAGUCAUGCUGGGGGUGAAAGGCACUUCCAUCACUCCAUGGAUCCCUCAGUAUUUUGUUAGCCUUUUUUCAGAUGGAUUGGGAACUAGUUGUCUCCUGCAAAUCAUGUGCACUCUAUUGUGUGUUGCUUUCACCUAGAUAACCCUUUUCCCAUUCACACACAGCAGCAAACUAGUUAAUUGUUAUCUGUUAACUUUUUACGCAAAAUGAUGGGAAUUAGUUUUCACAUCUCUUAUCCCAUGUGCAUUCACAAGUUGACCCAUAGGGUCCUUUGAUUAAAAAUGGCUAUGAAAACAGUUGGUUUGUUAAUUUGUGAUUAUAAUGGUCUUGCUACAGGAGCAUGGCUUUCUCUAGGUGAAGUUACUGGUUAACCAAGCUCUCAGCAACUGUUUCAUCACGCCCCAGACAAUCACAUUGCCGUCCAUUAAAAAAUUCCAAAUGAUAUUCUAAGCACAGUAAAAUCAAUGUUGAUUUUCUUACCAGAUCAUUUACCUGUUAGAAAUUUAUAUAUAUUUUUCAGGACAGUAAAAUUCUGGGACUUGGAAACCUUUCAGCUUGUCUCUAGUACAGAUCCUGAGACUGGUGGUGUAAGGUGGGUGAACUGCUUUAUUUGACAGCCUAUUAAGCACCGUUGUUGAAAUUUUGCUUGAUAGCUCUAAAUUUUCUACAAUUUUGGGCUGGGCCUUAUAAUGGGGAUAACACAGUAGUUACUUUUAGCCACUAUGAGGCUUGUGUACUUUUUGUCUUUCUUAGAGUAGGGUAGGGAGGGAGCGGAAGGGGUUGGACUUAGCAGAGAAGAAGGCUUUUUAUAUAAUAGGAAUCAAAGAUGAUGUAAUAAUUUCUAAAAGGGUGUCUAGCAUAAAUGGACAAUCAGAUCACUGUUUAGGUGAUUUUGGCUUAAUGUCAGCCCCAUAAAUUUGAAAACACAGCAAUAACUUAACGUAAAUAAUCCAAUGAAAUAAUAUUAUAGGUGGAAGAGCUGAAAUAACCCUAGUCACUAGGGCCUCUUUUGUUUGCCAGAGAGGAGUGAAGGGGGUUUGAGGGGUGCUUAGUAGACUGUUUGUGGUAAAAUAAUUAUAUGAAGGCCAAAAUCCUGUUUUUACCCAAAACACGUGGAAUGUUAAAAUACUGCUACAUGUGUAUUAAUUUUGUUGCAGGUGCAUCACAUUUCAUCCUGAAGGUCAUUGCUUGUUCAGUGGAGCUCAAGAUUCCAUGCGAGUGUAUGGCUGGGAGCCAGUUAGAUGUUAUGACAGUUUUUCUCUUGCCUGGGGCAAAGUUGCUGAUAUUGCAGUUUCUUCAAGCCAGUUGGUUAGUUAUAGAUACAUGUAUUGUACGUUCAAUACACUUGUCUUGUAUGUACAUGUUCUUUACUUAUUUGUGAUCGAAGGUUUUAAAACUCCCAGAAAACAGAUAUCCCGUUGUCUUCAUUUGUUAACAUUUUUUUGUGUUAUGGUCUUGCAGAUUGGUGCAUCAUUUAAUCAAACAAAUGUUUCACUUUGGGUUGUUGAUUUAGGGGUAUGUAUAAUACAUUGACAAAUUUCUUUAGGCCAGUCUGUUUUUACAUGCUGAAUGAAUUUGGGGCUGGGUUGUCUUCAGGGUUUUCAUUAAGGAUUCUAGUAGCCAGAGAAAGGAGUAACCUUAUAGGAGAAUAUUUUGAAAGAGGCUCUACGUCAGAAUAGAAAAUAGUUGUAGGCUAUUGAACGUUUGCUGGAGAAUUCUGCAUAGUAAAAGGAGAAUUCUCUGAUCUCCAAUGCCUAAUGAACACCCUGUGUCUUGUAGUCCAGUUUUAGUUUUGGGCCUUAUAAAGCAACAGAUCUCCCACACACACCCAUCCCCUCCCCAUUUUUGCCACUCUAGGGCCAAUGAUUUUCAUUUUUGUGCUAGUUACCUAUUCUAAUUUUCAUAUGGGUUAUAUAGUUCCAUUUAUACACAGCUGGCAAAUGGUGUUCAGCAUGUAAGAAAACUUGUUAGUUCUUUGUGUCCUCAGACACCUUCCUUUCAUCCAAUUUGAGUUCUUCAAACAGAGAAAAAAGAUUUUGAUAACAAAAGUAAUAUUUUGAUAACGAGUGAUGUCCGUUUUCAUUCAUUGAAAGUUUUACAGAAGCCUAUUUGCAAUAUUUCUCAGCCCAUUGCCUAGGUUGUUUAUGUGUAAAAGACAGUGCAGGCAAUUUUUCUAACUGUAUGUAACAUUUUACUCCCUUAUGAUUUAUUAAAUGCAAAGUUAUUGUAUUACUAAUCUCAUGAACUUUUUUUUAUCUAGCAUUUAGAAAACCUCAUAGCAAAAUAUAACAGUGAAGCAGCAGAUGUAGGAAAUCAUGUGGUGAGUUUAAGCAGUUGUGCGAAUUAAGGGAGCAAAAUUAAUUAGCCUAGAAUAAAAGAGAUAAUUGAGUUAAAUGUAAACAAAUUUUCCUGAAGGUGAAUUCUUAAGGACUAUAUCCAAGGUCAAAAGGUCACAUCCUCCUGGUUGUAGUCAAGCAGCGGAUGUCAAAGAAAUGUGCCAAAAAGUGUGCUGCUACACGUGGAAAAGCUACUGUUUUGCUUAUAACAACCGAUAUAAUUCUUUGAAGUGUUUUUAUUGCCUAUUUUUGUUACGGUUGCCUAAACUCCCCGUUUGUUUAAUGUGUACAAGAUUACGUCAUCAUGAAAGUAUGGGGAUGGCCUUAUUUUACAAUUAAUUACUUACAGAGAUGUUAGUGAAAAUAUUCAGAUAUUAAAGUCAGGUGUUUGUCAGAUUUUUUUUGUUCAAAACUCGUCAUAUAGUGGUCUUCAAAUGAUAAGGAUGCUUGAGUUUUCCACCCCCUCUUUUCUGUGCACACAGAUCUGGGCUUUGAUGUAACUUGAUUUAAUACUGGAGGAGCUUUUGACAAGCAAGAUAACCCAGUUUAACUGUAAGCUAAGGGGGAUCCUUUAGUGCAAUAUGCCUCCUAGAGGAUUUAAAACUUCACAAGUCAACUUUUAUGCAUUUCGUGCUGUUAUGAAAAAAACAGCAGCAAGAAUUCCGAUGUAAACUCCUUUCAUUAAAAUAACGAUUUGACAAGUAUAAUAUGUUUUUUGCAAAUAGGCAGGAAUGCCAGGGGAACAAAAGCCAGUUCAAGUUGUACCUUCCACCAAAACGUGAGUUGUAGUCAUGAAAAUAAGAUCAAGUUUUCUUAGUGUUCUAAAUAAGAUUAUUUUUUUGACUACAUUUUGCCAAAUACAGCUAUACAUGUACUUCUCAUCUGAGAUUUAAGUGUUUAAUUGUUAUCUGACUGGGUCCAGGAGUGCUAAUGAUCAGGAAGUGAUUCCUGUGUUCUGAUCGUUUUCUUUUAAUAAAUCAUUUACUUUUUUCACAGUCCCCCUAGAAAAGCCUUUAGUACAGAGAGACCUCAAACUACAUCUUCAAAACCCAGGUUAGUGAAGUUUAGGGAAUUGUAUUGAAUCCAGAAAGGCUGAAACUAUCAUGGUGUCAAACUUGCUUACAAUCUAUGUUCUACAUUAUCACAGCUUAACAUACUCCUUAGUUUUCCACAUAUAGUAGAGGGAUUCAUCAAUAGUAAUACUUCAUAAGUGAACAGAAUUAAUUUUGUUUUGGUUUAAAAUUUCAUUUUAUUUUGUCAGACUUUGUUUUUCCUCAUCUAAAAUCAUGAUCAAAAUAAGUAUGCAAAUAAAGUUGAAGAGUGUAAGAAUAUUAAUUAAAACCCAUUUUAAAAUGUUCAACCAAUGAAUGAAUCAAUCAGUCAAUCAAUAAAAAUAAAAUUUUAUAUUUGUGGAAAUUUUUUUGUUUACUCAGGUCUAAAGUGGAACAGUCUGCUAUACCUGAUGAAUCUAAUAUUGAAGGAAAGGAAAAGAAGGAUGAACAGAAACUAGGAGCACCUGAAGACAUAUUUAAAGCAAAAAGUAAACUGGGUGAGUUAAAAUAGAAGACUUUUUUUGCGAGUGUCGUCAUAGUCAUAUAUUCACUGUCACAUGUAUCUUUGAGUUCUGGUCACUGUGCUUACUGCAUAUGAAGACUUACCACUGAUAGUUCCACAAACAUUAUGCUUUUUGGAGUAAUUGCUCAGUGUUAAAAUAAAUUUGUUCCUGCUGACUCCACAAGUUUAUAAUUAUAUAUGUGCAUGUGUUGCAAUGCUUUUGCAAUAAUUUCCAUCAUUGAGAAGUAGGUUUCUAUUCAGUUGACUGUAUUUAAGCCAUGUUAAUAUCAAAAUAGUUUCCUACAAUACUGAAUAGGUACCAGUAUCUUAAUUAUUGUUCCUGAAAUUAUCUGUAACCUGUUGUUUUCGAGCACUGCUCUUUAUUGAGAGAGGGUGGCCACUGCACCCCAUAUUGUUCAAUCUACAUGUACCAUACUUUUUAAUUUCCACUAUCCAGUUAUGUUCUCCAUCAUUCUAGAUCUCCUUUAGUUUUCAAAGUAAAAUGGACGGGCGUGUUUUCUUUUAAACAGAUCGUACACCUCCAAGACAAAAACAUGAGCCAUUUCAGCCUCCGUUAGAAGACCCUUUAUCACCUGGUAAGAUUUAGCAGUCAAGGAUCAUAAGUCUUGACUAAGAAUUUACUUCCACCAUAAGGCUACAGAUGGUCUUCUCAUUAGCAUAGACAUGCAGUUUACAGGUGUCAUUUAGUUGCUAUUAGUCUUAUAUGGUUUCAAUCAAACAAAUUCCCAAAGGAAACUGUUUGUAUUUUUUUUCCAAUGAGUGAAAUAGAAAAUAUUAAUUGUUGAAUUGAUUAAUUUCAGGUUAUGUAAAACAAGCACCCCCAGCAUUCCCAGAACCUGUAAAAGCAUCCAAGGUACCAAGGCUAAUUUAUGCUUUCCAGACAUGUACUUAAUAUGAAAAAGCUGCCUCAGUCUGGUCUUUGAAAUUGACCCUCCUAACAUCUACCUCUGUUGGUAGAGAUGUAACGAGCAGAUUUUCCUAUAAGCAUAGUUUAUGCAAUGUCAAGACUGGUCAAAUAUUAAAGAACGUUGAAAAAACACUGAGUUCCAUCUCACACCACUUCCAUGGGUCUCUGUUUAAAAAGAGUUAAGGGAAUAGACCCCUUGUGCUGUGGCUAAAUUUUCAUUGUUUCAAAAGGGUAGAUUGUCAAUUCACUGUGGUGAAAGAAUUUGACUCAAACUUCAAAUUAAUUAUGUUUUGAUGAUAAUGAUCAAGGAGCAAAGAAAGUCAUUUUACAACUUAGUAUUUCAAAAAACUGUAGUUAACAUGUACUAUCCCAAGACUCAUUUUAACUAGCCUGAAAAAAAUUAUGGUGAGUGGAGAAAAGAAAAAAAAGUUGCAUGUGACCUCACAUGGUACCCUUUCCCUUUUAGCCUGUUUCUUCAAGUGAAAAAGCAAACAAACAAACACAUAUGAUUCCAUCUGAGAGAGACAAGCCUGCAGGACUGCAGCUGUCUGACUUCCUUCCCGUGAGUACCUAAAGCCUUACUUCUCACAGAAAUAAGUGUUGUUGUAAUUGUCUGAAGACACUCUAAAAAACAUAAACCAUGGUUAUAAUUAACCAAGUGAUACCUAAUGAUUGUAACUAUUGCCAACUCUAACAAGUGUGUGAAUUUUAGGCAUUCUACUAAUGAACAAUUAUGACUUUUAGGUAAUUUGGGCAACAACAAGCCUAACUGCUUUGAAUACUGGUUUAAGCUGAGAACACAUUUUUACCUUCCAAUUGCAUCUGUGAAAAAUGUGACACAUUUUGUUCUUAUUCUAGGCCAGAACACCUGUGGUUGAUGAGCCUUCAAAACAGGAUGUUUAUAAUCAGCAAAACAAUCAGCCACAGUAUCCCUCUAUAUCAGAAUCAGAAGCAGUCUCUACGCUCACAAAAAGUCAGUUAAAUUUACUCUGCUUUGUAAGAACAUUAUUAAGCUGGUAGAGAAGAAACAAGGGUACAAAAUGCGUGAAUGCAUAUUGGUUGCACAGUUGAUCAAGUUCUCGAAUAUUUUGCAUUGACAUUGAAUGGAAUUUUUUGUGGUAAAGAACAUUAUGUUAACAAAAACAACAGCCCAAACAUCAUUUCAACUGGCCCCAAAAUGAACUUUGAUGAGACAGGGUUGAUUUUACAGUUCUUCUGUAAUUUUCCCGAAUUCUAAAAAAGUUCCCCGCUACUUUUAUUGGAUAAUAGAAGAAAAAUAGAACCAAAAGAAAUCCCUAGCCAUUUGAUUCCCCUCCUACUUGUUGUAUUGACCUGGCAACUUGAAAUCCUAGUGACAACCCUGAGUGGAACUAAGCAAUAAAGUCAAAAUUGACCUGAAAUCCAAUUUGACCCUUAAUGUAUACCCAUUUUUUUAACAGGUCACGGAUCCAUAAAUGCUAUCAUGACAUCAAGACUUAAAAAUCUCAGUAUUGUUGCUAGAUACUGGGGUGAUGGAGACAUAAAGGUGAGUAGAAUCUUGACACAAUGAUAGUGCAGCCAACUGUAGUAGUGGAAAUCAAUAUUCAAGUCAUCUGGUAGCCUACCAGCCAGUUUGUUUUGAGCAAAAUCCCUCUCGAUUAACGUAGAUGAAAAGUACCAUAAUGCCUGAAUUAGCUAUAGUGUAAAGUUUCAAAUAGGGUCUUCCUAUUGAAUUAACACCCCCAUUGAGGACACUGUUUUUAUGUCUUCUACUGGUGAUGGUGGGAACACCUUUUCUACAAGUUCAUCCAAGAUAUACAAGGGUCUAGGCAUUAUUUUGUAGGGUAAAGUCAGUACCUUUUUUUUCUGUUAUUUUAAUACCCUGGGUCCAGUUGUUUGAAAGCCGAUUAGUGCUAACCAUGGAUUAAAUUUUAAUCUGGGUUUUAUAUUCUUUUGUUCAAAAGCAUUUUCUCAGAUAAUUUUCACUAUUAGAGCAUCAAUUCAUUACAUUGCAGGCAAAAGGAAUAAAACUGAAUUUGCUUUUUAAGCUUUCAAAUCUGAAUUUAAACUUCACACUAACCCUGCCUUGAACAACCCGGCCCUGAUUAGACAAGUCUAGCCCCGGGAAUCAAACCCAUGACCUCGCGCUCUGCAGUCAAUUGUUAGUCCUGCCACAGUGCCCCCCUAGAAUAUUAAAUAAGUGUGUCUGUUAAAGAAAGGAUAUGCCUUUGAGUUGUGAUGUGCUUAAUAUUAACCAUUAAAUUUUGGAUUACUUUAUUUCAGACUGCAGUACAAGUUUCUGUAGAUAUGAAUGACCAAGCUGUGUUAGUGGAUGUACUUAAUGUUCUUUGUUUGAAACAGUGAGUAAAUGAUUUCAUAGGAUUGCUCGUUUCUCUUGUUAGUUAUUAAAUUAUUCUCUUGAUAGUAACCUUGCUAUAACUUACAUCAUCAAAUUAAGAUAUUUAACUUUAUUAAACUUUAAUUUGCAAUCCAAGGUUUAAUAGUUAUCUUGUUCUUCAUAAAGCCAUCAAAUUCUGAUAUUUAACUUUAUCUAACAUAUUUACAUGUACAUUUCUUUGGUUCUAAUUCAAAGCAUGUUGAGGUUUUUUUUUCGGGAGAACUGAAUCAGUGUUUUGUAAUUAUCAAUAAUAAUACAAGGUUGGGAGAAGUUGUAAUAAUAACAAGCAAAAUCAUCUUGUUGAUCAUGACCAUUCUUGUGACCAUCCUGUGUUAUGUGACAUUGUUAUUACAAGGAGAAAUUUGAUGCUGAUCUGUUAAGGGUUAAUGAAUUCAAUUUGUUCAUUUUAAGGACUUUGUGGAAUCUGGAUGUGUGCUCUCUUCUUCUUCCUCAUCUUAAAGACCUCAUAAGUAGCAAAUAUGAAAGGUGAGUUAUAAAAGAAUCUUAUGCACAAUACUAUUUUGAAGGGCUGUUUGUCUCUGGAAUAUUUUAGUAACCGCAAAUUUAUGAGAUUGGGAACUGCUUGCAUGCAUGGUGCUUAAAAAUCCAGGAGGGAGGCAUUCUUGGAAAUCAUGGAGCUGCAACCAUCCAGCAGCCGUUGCUAACAGGCACUGGCACAUCGUAUUUACCUACAGCAAUACUUACCUCCAGAGAUAAUUCAGUUCUAUCCAGGAUAGGGAGGGUGGGACUGAGGUAUAAUGGAGCACUGUUAUGGAGAGGGGGGUAAAGUGAGAGUGCAAUGUGGCCUCAGGUUUGUCGGGCACCUAAAUGACAAAGAAAUGAUGACCCUUAUUGAGUAUAAAACAAGGGAAUGUGUCUGCCAGGACAAACAUAAGAGGUUUUUGUUCCAAGUUUUGUCUAUAUAGUUAACAAAAUUAACAGAAAAUGAAUCUUUCAACAGCUAUGUACAAGUUGGGGCAAUGGCAAUUAAGUUAAUUUUGCGGAACUUUGCUCCUGUCAUAAAAAGCAACAUGGCAGCCCCUCCUGUUUCUGUGGGAGUUGACUUGGUCAGGGAGGAGAGGUGAGUUAAAAAUUUAUCAAAAUUUGUUGUCUUGAACAACUUUGUCAAACAAUUCCUUGUCCAUUCCUUUGUAGUUAUAUGUAGGUUGACACGUCAUUCAUGCCCAAUAUGCACUCUGUCAUUAUUGAGUUGAGUUAGUCCACAUCCAUUGAAGUCCACCCAUCUUCCAGAAUGUUCAGGUCAUGAUAUAAUGCAAAAGGAGUAAGCAUGUCAACUUCUGGAAGUCAGAUAUUAGGUCCUUGUAAUCUGUCAACACCUUUCAGCCCCAAGCAUUUCCCUCAAAAAUGACUACCUUUAGUCUGUCUUGACAGGUUGUUUGUUGAUCAGCACUCCCUCCUCAAAUAUGACAAGUGUCAUCCUUUCCAUGUCUAUUGUUUCUUCAUCCAUGACCUAGGUUGUUCAUCAUAUUUCAACCUGACUUCAUUUUAGUUAAAUAACAGUUGUCUUCAAGGAGCUCUAUCACCACUUUUUGGUGUUGUUUUUCAAGUCUAAAACACUUUGUCAUCAUUGAAAACCAAACAUUAACCCCUUUUGCUUUGAGGCUGACCAACCGUUAACUUCUUCCCCGUAGUAAAACUACUCAAACAAUGAUUAAGUUAAGGUAUACAGGGAAUUAUAAACAAGUGUAAAUUCAGUUCUUGACAAUUAAAUAAAUCAUAGGAAGUGUAUCAUAGAAAGUGUGUGGAGAAUAUUUCACGGUGAUAUUCGGAUUUAAAAGGUUUAAUGGUUCAAAAUUAUUACUCUAUACUUUUCUCAUUCAUGUAAAAUGUACAGUGUACUUUCCUUCAUGAACGUAUUGCCAUUAAUAUUUAUCACAGGUAUAACAAAUGCCACAAGUGCUACUCUCACCUUCAAUCCAUCCGAGAAGUUCUCUCCAGUAAGACAAGCGCCACGGGAAAAAUGGGAAGCCUGUUUCGUGAGCUGUCACUAGCAUUUUCCUCCCUGGAUUAACUAACUGCCAUUACGGUAGCAAAGGUAACCGUUAAGGAAGGACUUGAGGCAAAUGUCUGAAAUGAUGUCAGAACAUCUGUUACAUUGGCUACUGUAACCCCACUGUCUCAUUUUUGGGGGGACAAGGAUCUUGCGGCAGCAGGAAUUAGCGCUUGAGUAAUUGUUAAUUAUGUGGAUUUUGAACUGGAAGUAGCCUAUUAAGUCAGGGUCAAGGAAACGUACCUCAAAUUUAACUGAAGGACAGUGUUUCUCAAUGUGAUGUUGGCUGUGGUAUCAGUAAUGGCUCCUAAAUGUGUAAUUUUAUCCUUUGUUUAAAUUAUAUUUUCCUUUGCUUUCAUAUAUGGUAAUUUAUGGUAAUGAGUUUUCAAACAUGGGAAAUUAAAAUUUAAACUAAGGUUAGAUCAAACCACAACAUACACUUGUUCCAUCAGUGCCUUUACUGUUUCUGAAACACUUCAAUUUACAAAAGUGAGCUUUCAGUUGUUGUAGUCAAAGAAGGAUUUGUAAGUGUUGUUGUCAUUAAAGAAGUGCAUGUUGUUUUUCCAUUUUGCACUUAAUCGGUACAUUUCAUCAGCCACAGGUACCAAAACCUGCUUAAUAGAAGUUUGCAGAACAUUGAAGCAUUUCCUGCUAGCAGAGGUGUCCCAGUUUUCCCUGGUAUUCAGUGGGCAAAUACCAGGGAAAAGAGGCCUCUGAAGCAACACUCAAGCUUUUGUUUUUGUAUAAUAUCACUAACUGAUUAUUGUUAAUUGAGAUUCUACUUGUGAAGCAAGUUAAUAUUUAACUUGGAUAGAGGAAAAAAAGUGCGGUAACCCACCAGCUAACACACCAAGAAUUGAGAACACUAAAUGAACAAAGAAUAUGUCGAGCAUUAUAAUUAUGAUGAGCUUUUGCACUCUCUAAGUGCCCUUCAAAAAAAAAAUCUUCUUUCCAGAUGUGACUUAAUAUAAUAUGGACCUUAUUACUAGAAUAUUAAUUUCAGACAUACUAUGGAAUUCUGAAAGCACCAGGCCAAAGGGACAGCAACUCUUGGGUAGCUGUUACUUGUGGGUCACUAAAAUACUCAAGUAACCAAAGGAAAACUUUUAACCCAAAGGCAUGAUAAGUGCAAUGCCACUAAAUAUGUCAAGUCCUCAUCAUUGAUUCACAAUAAAACACUAAGCUGCUCCAUCUGCAAGACACCUCACACAGUUCUGUUGUCAAUGAUUUGUUAAGCUCAGUCCCUACAUUAAAUAUGUGGUUCUUUAAAAGUUCCCUUAAGAUGUGGUUGGUUCUGUACGUUAUUUGCCAUUUUCAUGUUGAAGCUUGUUUGGCUUUGGGCUCUACAGCAGGCAACCAAGGGCAAAACGCGAAAGGUCUGAAAAUUGAUGUAACUUUUGGAGUACCACCAGUUUCUGUAAUUAUGUGGAGGGUCCAAAAUUUAAUGAUAUUAAGAAUUCAGGUUGCCAUUCUUUUUAGGGACCACUACUUUGCAAACUCUAAGUGAUGUCAUUCAAGGAAGCAUUUUUUGCAAAUUACUUGUUAAGGUAUCGGCAGGGCGUUGUCAUGCAAGAUAGAAUAUGUCAAACAUAUCAUCACAACAAUUAUAAGGAUGUCAGCUGUGCAGUGUAGCAAGUUGCCAACUGUCAGUGCAAAGUACUUCUAAUGUUAAGGUUGUGGCUUUAUUAUUGAAUGUUAGGUAUUGAUAUGACAGUCACUAUCAAAGCAGGAAAGUGCAAAAACACUUAAAUGUAAAUCCAAAAUGAAGUGCCAUUAACUUAAAGGUCCAUUUCUGGAAGUAAAAAUCAUUAAUAUUUUUGUGGCCUUUCACGUUAUGAAAAAGCGGAAUUGAAAGUUGCAAGUGAAGUGUACAAUUAAGGUACUCUUAGGAGUCUUAAGUUGGAAAUUGGCUGCUAUCACAGUAAAAUGUUGUCACUAGAUUUCCUUAAGCCAUUAGUCAUUGAAAGCAUUAAGUACAGUACUUAUAUGUAAGUGCCAUCAAGGAAUUUCCAAAGUCAGUGUGCAUGUAGACCUCUGUAAAUAGAAGCUUUUCAGCCAUGUUAAUGAUUCUUAAGUAUGAUCACUGUAUUUUGCACGUGAAUAGCAUAACGACUCUAACUGAAGUAAAAGCGAUAAAAAACUAUCACAGAGCAUUAAAAUAUGUUUCUAGAGAUGUUGUCUUGUCAUUUUCUUAUUAUUCAGCCUGCUACUAUGCUAACAAUAACUAGCACCUAGUUUCUCAUUACUUUUUCAAUAAUCAAGUAAAGAGGUCACGAGAAAUGAUCAGCAAUGUCCACCAAAUUCUCCUCAUUGAUACCAUAGGAAAUAGAAGGAAAAUUAUGGUAACUUCUUAUUGCUAUGCAUCUGUUUAGUCAUAGAUCGCAGAUCUCAAGUAUUGGGGAGGAGGGGAAUUUUGAAUUGCUUUUCCAAGAUUCUGGGAAACUCCCCACUCAGCC